CACGUAUUUAACGACAUUAAAAAAGAAGACCAAACAAAGUGACAAGUGACAUUUCUCUCGUUUUCCUUGGUUACCACCUCCAUAUGUGAAGUUCGUUAUUUAUAAGACAAUUUAGAUAGUUAUUAACAUUUAUCGUUUGUAAAGGUAUAAGGUUCUUCAAGGAAGAUUUAGUGAUCAAUUGAUUGGAAUAAUGAAUUAUGAUAUAAUAGCCUCGUAAAUUAUUUUUUUUCUCAAGAUUAGUGCAUCUAUCAUUAUCUGGAUACAAUGUCAGAUUCGGAGAUAACUGCACCUCCACCUCCUAGUUUGAAAAAUACCAUUGAAGGUGAUUGGAAAUGUGAAGAUUGUGGAAACCUAAAUUUUGCCCGUAGAAGUAAUUGUAACAGAUGCGGAAAAAGCAAAUCUCUCAGCUUGGCGGCAACAAAAAAACGUAAACUAGGCACUGAAAUAGGUAAGGCAGCUGCAGAAAAGAGUAGAGGACUUUUUAGUGCUGAUGAUUGGCAAUGUAACAAAUGUGGAAAUGUUAAUUGGGCUAGAAGACAAUCUUGUAAUGUUUGCAAUGCCCCCAAAUUCGGAGAUGUUGAAGAGAGAACGGGAUUUGGGGGUGGAUAUAAUGAUAGAGGUGUAGUUGAGUACAAAGAGAGAGAUGAUUCUGAUGAUGAAUAUGAUGAAUUUGGAAGAAAAAAGAAAAGACGUAACCUCUCUGAAACUGAAGAUAGAAACGAAAUAAGAAAAGAAAAACUCGUAGAAAAUGAGGAAGAAGAAGAAGAUGAUGAGGAGGAGGAUGAUGAUGGUGAUUUGUCAAAAUAUGAUCUUUCAGAUUGGGGGGACGUAAGUGAUUCGAAAAAUAGUAAAUCUAGGUCACGCUCGCGUUCCCCAAUUAGCAAAAAGUAAUUUUUUAGCAUUCACAGGAAUAUUUUUAUAAUUGUGUGAUGGUCAAUUCAAUUUGUGGUAUGUUUUAUUUUUAAUAUUAUUAUGUUGAAAAGUUGUAUUUCCAUUAAUCAUAAUUUUAAUUAGUUGUUCAAACCUUUCUGGGCCAACAGCUUGGAAGUGAUUUUCAAAAUGUUUGUUGCUUCAAAAUUACUUUAUCCUAUUUUAUAUAUAUAUAUAUA